AAACACUGGUCAUAUUGGGGUGCACAUUUCCUCACGCAUAUAUUACAAUAUCUACUAUUGGCUUGUUUUACCACAGUAUUCAUGUUCCCUUGUAAGAAUCAUAUAUUAUCAUAUUGGCAAAGUGGUCUAUUACAUAACUGGUUAAAUUUUUUAACUGCAAUCGAUAGUAUCAUUACAAUUUAUGUCGGGUGUUUAUUUAUCAAUCGACCAAGUGCUGCAACAGUAUUAUUUGGAUCAACGAUAUUAAUUGUUAUCUUUGUGAUGAUUAUCAUCUUUUUCACACCACUGGAAUAUUUAGCGACUGUCUACUGUUUGAUCAUAUUAGUAUUUCCUUUCGCCGACCCAUUUUUGGCUUUACUACUAACAGAAUUUAGAUUGAGAUGUGAGAAAGUAUUCCUGUUUGGGAAAUCUGAUGUCGACUAUAUCACAUCAUUAUCUCGUCUAUUACAGUAUGAGCAUAAUAAAGCUAGUCAAACUAUACAUUUAGUGCGAAUAUUCAUUUUUAGUGGCCUGUUUAUCGGAACAAAUGUUUACAUUCAUCAUAUUAGACCGCAUCAAAGAAAAGUGAAUUAUUAUAAAGUGCUUAAACAGUUGAGACCGUUAAGUGAAAUGAAGACAAAACAUUUACCACCAUUGGUACGAAAGGAAACUGAGAAAGUUCAUGAAUUUACAAGACAUCCAAAAUCUAGUAAUACAGUUGCAUUUGUAUACAAUUUAACAAAAAUUUAUUUAACCGGUGCAUUGUCAUACGUUCGUCGACUUCUUCUCCUGUUUAAUUCAAAAAAUAGACCUAUCCAACAUGCUAAAGUAGCUAUUGAAGGCGUUUCAUUUAUGGUUGGACAUGGUGAAAUGUUUGGUAUACUCGGUCCAAGUGGUGCUGGAAAAUCCACCUUACUCGAAUGUCUAUCAAGUAUAAUAAAUCAAACAUUCGGUGAAGUUGGUGUAAUUAAUCCAAAGAUUGGUAAACUUGUACCGAAUUCAGUUGCUGUUAAAAAUGGUCUAAUCGGUUUCUGUCCACAGUAUAAUCCAAUUUGGCCACAAUUAACAGUUAGAGAACAUUUUGUCAUUUAUUCUGUUAUGCGUAAUGUUAAUAAACGUAUAUUAAAACAACAUGUCAACUCCAUCUUGAUGUUAGUUGGUCUAGUUAAAUACAGUAAUACUAUUUCAGGAUCACUAUCUGGAGGAUGCAAACGUCGGUUGUCAAUGGGUAUCAGUUUAGUCGGUGAUCCAAGUUUAGUGAUAAUGGAUGAACCAUCGUGUGGUGUAGAUCCACGAUCUAGAAGAAGUUUAUGGAGCACUUUGUUAAAGUGUAUCAAGGGAACAAACAGAGGUUGUAUUGUAUCAACACAUGCUACUGAUGAAGCUGAAGCUGUCUGUGAUACAUUAGCCAUACUUGUCAAUGGAUGUACACUAUCUAUCGGUUCACCAUAUCUUACAAAAGGUACAUGUAGUAAAGGCUUGAUUGUUGAUGUGAAAAUGUCACGUGAUUACAACUUACCACCAGCAAAUGCCGAUGAUGAAGUACAACAUAAUAUGGAGGCAUUUAUUCGACGAAUACGUAUUAUGUGUAAAGAUAUAACAAUAAUUGAUCAAUUCGGUGAUCGUGUUUGCUUACAAAUUGAUUCACAUUUGGAACAACCAUUUAAGGCAACAUUAAAUAGAUUAUUAACAGCUCAUCAGUCUGGAUUAGUUGAAGAUUUUAAUUUAACUACACCAACUUUAGAACAGGCAUAUUUUGAAUUGGCUAAAGCCUAUUCUAAACAAAAGGCAACUAUCAAUUAA